AUGGCAUCCGCUGGUACUCAAUCUCCUUCUUCUGAGAAACCUGACCCUUUGGUCCCAGGUGGUGGAAAACAAAUGACUCAAGCUGACCAACGACCUGCCGCCGGUAGCGAUGUUGGCCCUGCCCCUGGAGACGAAUCUACUGGUGGUGCAUCAGCCUCAGCAUUGAAAGUCGCACAAGAGUCUGCCUCAAACCUUGAACCCGAAAACAGAAAGGAGACUGAGACUGCUUAG